AUGGAGACGGUGCGACUCCUCCUUGCCAUUGCUGAGCAGAGAAGAUGGCCAGUGUAUCAGUUUGGCAUCAAAUCCACGUUUUUGAAUGGAGAAAUAUAUGAGGAGGUGUAUGUUGAACAACCACUUGGCUAUGAGAAAGAGGAAGAAGAAAACAAGACCCUAAUUCCAUCAAACACAAACAUGAAGUUCCUCCUCCUCUCUGUCAUCCUAUCCAUCAUCACCGUUGCCACAGCACAUGACUACAACGUCUGUGACACCGAUGGCAAUCCUCUAGUUCCCGGCGUUCAGUACUACAUUGUCCCGGGGAUCACCGAUGAUGCCGGAGGGCUCACUCUGGAAAGCAACAAUGGUUCAUGCCCUCUCAAUGUAGCUCAAUCUCCCAAUAAUGGAGACUUAGGCUUACCUGUGAUCUUCACUAUUGCAAACCCUCAUAAGGACCUUAUUGGUCUUGGAGAUAACAUAUACAUUUCCUUUUCGACUUCGAUGUGCGCAGAGUCGACGGGCUGGAGGAUCACAGGUCCUGAUGAAGUUUCCAACAGGUAUCAUGUUUCAACCUCAAAAUAUACAGGAAACCCUCUGCAAGGAACAGUGGACAAUUGGUUCAGGAUAGAACAGUAUAUGAAUGUUUACAGGCUUGGCUUUUGCCCUAAUGAGUGUCAUGAUCAGUGUGGUGUUCCUCAGUGUGGAGUUUUGAGUGUUGAGGUUGUGGAAUGUCAUCGUUGGUUGGUUUUGACUGGAUCUAAUGAGAGCUGUUUCCCAGUCCAGUUUAAAAGGGCAUGA